AUGACCACUCCAUCAGUUCUGCGUCAACUUUUCUCGUUUAAUGACGAAACAGUUAUAUGCUCGUCCGUUAGUAUUGAAGGUUACGGCACCUACUGCGUCAAACAAGAAGGACCUGUAUGCGGUGCAACGCAAGGCAAUUGUCCUAUAAAAGGAGUCAGUGCAACCAAGGACUGCACUACGACAUCACAGACGUAUUUGACUGGCUGCACUGCACCGGUGAACGCGCAGUGUGUGUUUAGAGGUACCAAUAAUUGGGUCUGCGUUUUUAAAGAAGACCCCAAUGCUGACGGUGCUAAGUCUGAGGAAGUGGCUCAAGUCGAGUCGCUAUCUACGUCACCUGACCAAUCGCUGCAAGCAUCUACCCAGUCUCCCGGUGGUUCCAUGCUAUCGGGGGUCGGCAUCUCGCUUAACGUGGCCGUUGUUGUUGCCUGUUGUGUCCUCGCUUUCGUAGGACUGGUGCUUGUUAAAAAGAGACGCAAUCGUCAGCGAUUAGACAGCUACACGCUGUCGGAAAGGGAUAUAUCAAUUGUAACGCUGUAA